CCGUCUUUGUAAGGAGACCACUGAGACGGGCGGGCGCGCGGAGCCGCCGCAGCCUCUCUGCUGCCCUGACUUUUUAAGAGCUCUCAAUGAACUAUCUGUAAGGAGCCACUGAUCCUGCCUGCAAGGCUUUUCAUUUUUGCACGGCAGAGACAUAGAUCAGUGUUGAGUGAAGAUCCCAUUUUAUAUGCGAUCUUGACUUUUUUGGGGCUCUUACAUUCUAUUUUUUAUAGAUUUUUGUUAUCAACAUGGUGCUGGGGAAGGUGAAGAAUUUGACAAUAAGCUUUGACUGUCUGAAUGACAGCAAUGUCCCCGUGUAUUCCAGCGGGGAUACUGUCUCAGGAAGGGUGAAUUUAGAAGUUACUGGGGAAAUCAGAGUAAAAUCGCUUAAAAUUCAUGCAAGAGGACAUGCGAAAGUACGCUGGACGGAGUCUAGAAACGCCGGCUCCAAUACCGCCUACACGCAGAAUUACACCGAAGAAGUAGAAUAUUUCAACCAUAAAGACAUCUUAAUCGGGCACGAAAGAGAUGAUGAUAAUUCGGAAGAAGGCUUCAACACUAUUCAUUCAGGAAGGCAUGAGUAUGCAUUCAGCUUCGAGCUUCCACAGACACCACUUGCUACCUCAUUCGAAGGCCGACAUGGCAGUGUGCGCUAUUGGGUGAAAGCCGAGUUGCACAGGCCUUGGCUUCUACCAGUAAAGUUAAAGAAGGAAUUUACAGUCUUUGAGCAUAUAGAUAUCAACACUCCUUCAUUACUGUCACCCCAAGCUGGCACAAAAGAAAAGACUCUCUGUUGCUGGUUCUGUACCUCAGGCCCAAUAUCCUUAAGUGCCAAAAUUGAAAGGAAGGGCUAUACCCCAGGUGAAUCAAUUCAGAUAUUUGCUGAGAUUGAGAACUGCUCUUCCCGAAUGGUGGUGCCAAAGGCAGCCAUUUACCAAACACAGGCCUUCUAUGCCAAAGGGAAAAUGAAGGAAGUAAAACAGCUUGUUGCCAACUUGCGUGGGGAAUCCUUAUCAUCUGGAAAGACAGAGACAUGGAAUGGCAAAUUGCUGAAAAUUCCACCAGUUUCUCCCUCUAUCCUAGAUUGUAGUAUAAUUCGUGUGGAAUAUUCUCUAAUGGUAUAUGUGGAUAUUCCUGGAGCUAUGGAUUUAUUUCUUAAUCUGCCACUUGUCAUCGGUACUAUUCCUCUACAUCCAUUUGGUAGCAGAACCUCAAGUGUAAGCAGUCAGUGUAGCAUGAAUAUGAACUGGCUCGGUUUAUCCCUUCCUGAAAGACCUGAAGCACCACCCAGCUAUGCAGAAGUGGUGACAGAGGAACAAAGGCGAAACAAUCUUGCACCAGUGAAUGCUUGUGAUGACUUUGAGAGAGCACUUCAAGGACCACUGUUUGCAUAUAUACAGGAAUUUCGGUUCUUGCCUCCACCUCUUUAUUCAGAGAUUGAUCCAAAUCCUGAUCAGUCAGCAGACGAUAGGCCAUCCUGCCCCUCUCGUUGAAGGAACACUUGGCUGAAUCAAGUUGAUGUGGGUUCCGAACUCUAUGUCUCUUCCGGCUGAGGACAGAGAAGUAUCUUGGGAGACACGUUUUCAGUGGAAGUGGAAUUGCUUUUGCCCAGAAAAUGGCGAAUACAUGAAAUAAGCAGUGAUGAUGCUUUAGAAGCCUACACAGCAACAUUCUGGGACUGCUCCAACAUGCUUGAAGAUCUAAGCUUUUCUCCUUUAAAACUGGCACAUACUAAGAGCAGUCUUCUUAGCCUAUGGUCAUACGUGUCAAGACACCACGUUGUAAAGAGGGAUCAUUCCUUCUUUUGAUUUGAAAAUUUGCACAUGCUCAAUGCUUACAUUGUGCGGUUCGAUGUCACUACAGCUUUUUUUUUUUUUUUCCAUUUCUGCCAGACUCUUGAUACUCUUAAAACUUGUUUGUGAUCAGCACAACAAGGAACAAAAGAAAGCUUUGAAAAAACUUUAACAUGAGAAAAACGCACUGACCUUUUUUUAUUUAAUAUAGCCUGGACUUGACCUGCGUAUGCACAUGCUCAGAAUCGUCCUCCUAGGCUGACCAUGUAUCACCUCCUCAGCUUGGAUCCUGUUGUGGAUUUAUUUACAAACAUCAAAUGCCUUCAAGCCAAUCCUUUUUGCUGUAUGUUUUGCAGCCUACUGUAGUAGAUACGCAACAGAUACGUGGGGGUAAAAGAUAAGAGGAGGAAGCUAAUAAGACUGUCAAGAUUGUAUACCUUCUUGGUUUCUUUUAAGAAUUUGUUGCCUUUCUACUAUUACAGCAAAGCAGCAUUUUGUUACUGACUGCCUAAAAUCACUUAAUCUCAGGUGAACGCAUCACUUGCCAAACUGUUGGAAUGCUAUUUGUGUUUUGUUGCACUGUUGAGUUUUUUUGUUUGUUUGUUUGUUUGUUUAUUUGGUUGGCUCUUUGGAGAGGGAAAUUUGGAAAUGGGACAUACACAAAAGUGAUAACCCACCCACAUCCCCUUUUUAUCAUUACAUAAAAGAAGAAACUAGCAGAGCUAAGAAUAGAGUACAGAAAGGCAGUAUGGCAAGCACCAGCAAAGAGUUAAGGGCUGUUGCUCUUGAAAAUUAUUUUUUUUAUUAUUAUUUUAAAGUAUGGAAAUUUACCAGUCACUGGGGAAAGGAGGGGAAAGUGCAUUUAUUUUUCUAUAGAGUUACUUAAUUACCUCCAAAACACAUAUGUUGGAAAUCAUUUUUGCUGAGGCAAGCAUUUUAAUGAGCAGGAAUAUAUAUAUAUGUUGAGGUUACAUUAGAGAGCUCAAGUUACACAUUUGCAAUCCUGCUCUAUCUUGGUGGAGUGUGAAAACCCAAGUUUAUUCCAGAAGUGUGUAAUUUCAUAAUUACAAAAACUAGGAUGCUUGUUGGGAUAACAGUUGAAUUUUUAUGUAUGUGUCUUUGUGUGUGUGUGUGUGUGUGUGUGGUUUUUUAAAUUUAAAUGCUUUUUUUCCAUUACCUACAGAACAGUUUGUUAAACAUGAGAAAUCACUCACUUUGAGUUACAUGGAGAAGAUAGGAAAAGUAAUCAUUUAAAGAUAAUUUACAGUUGGCUCAUAAUAAAUAUACCAGCAUUCAUAACAACAUUUAAAACUACGUGUUCCAAGAUACCAAGUGUACUGAUUUUUUUUUUUUAAGAAAGAACUGUUUCUAAUAAAAGUCAGCAUCUCUGAUGUUGCAACAUAUGUGUGAAAUGGGUAGUACAUCUAUCCUACCAUUUAACCCCACAGUUAAUAAAGUGGCUGAAAAUAAUAGUAACUCUGGUUUGGUGCUUGACCUGGUUAAAUACUGUCUUAAAGCUUCAUACAAAACAAAUAGGCUUUUCCAUAAGUGGCCUUUAAGAAAACAUGGAAGACAAUUCAUGUUUGAAAAAUGCUGACAGGGUGAAGAAAGCCCAGUGUAAAAUGAAUCGCGUUUUAAGUGAUUCGGUUAAAGGGUUUGGGCUCCCGUAGCAAACUAAUACUAGAUAAUAAGGAAAUGGGGGUGAAAUAUUUUUUUAUUGUUGUUAAAUCAUUUUGUGAAUGUCCCCCUCAAAAGAAGCUAAUGGAAUAUUUGGCAUUAAGGGCAUUUGGUGGUUUUAUUUUUGUUUGGGGGGAUUGUCAGAAAAUCCCUUUUCUUUUUUUCUUAUGUCUAACAGACUAGGGAACAAUUGUUGAUAUGCAUAGCAUUGGAAUACUGAUCAUCAUAUACUCUAAAGUAACACAUGAAGCAAGAAUGACCAAUAUUCUGAUCAUUGGCACUGGAUCACAAAAUGUGAUAACAUUUUAAAUUUAUAAAACUUUAUUAAAUAAAGUUUUAUUUUCUCCACUAAAGUAUUUCCUUACUCUUAUUUAGAGGCAUUACUUUCUCCUAAAUAUUGGUCAAUUCCUGACAUAUGAUGUGAGGUUCACAGUUGUAUUCCAGUAUUCAUGAUAGAUUCCUGAUUUUUCAAUUAGGAAAAGUAAAAUCCAAAAUGUUAGCAAAACAAAGUGCAAUAUUAAAUGUUUGCUUUAUAGAUUAUAUUCUAUGGCUGUUUGUAAUUUUUCUCUAUUUUUUUCUUUUUUUAUUUGGUGCUGAAUAUGUCCUUGUAGGCUCUGUUUUAAGAAAACAAUAUGUGGGAAAUGAUUUCAUUUUUCCUAUUGCUCUUCCUUGUGGAAAAUAAAGUGUUUUGUUUGUUUUGUUUUUCUUUUUUGUAUAA